CUCAAAUAUUGUGCACUCAAUUUUAUGCUUGAUGUUGGUUUGGAAGUGUACCUUGGUUGUCCACGCUUCGCAGCUAAUAAAGAAUCCAUUACUAUUUUAGAAUUGUCUCGUCAGCCUUCUCUAUUCUUCAGUGGAGCAGCACCGAAUUUCUCGCUGUCGGAUAUUCUAUUGUAUCUAUGUCUCUGCGUCGGAGAGCUGUCGUGUCCCUCUGACAAAGCUGUAAGAAAUCGUAGACUUGUAAUCUUCAGAAGACAAUUAGCAUGAGUUAAAGUAAUGGAUAGAAUAUUGGGACUCUUUUUCUUUCCAUUGCAUAGAUCUGGUAAACUGAGGCGCUUAUAUAAUCUGAAAUUAACCCAUAAUUUUGCCUAUUUGGUUCUGUUUCGUCGGUGCGAGGAGAUAUCAACCUACAGGGAUGCGACACAACUUGUUGAAAGUGGAGCAAUCUCAGGGAUCUUCCAAGCAAUCAAGCGAGGCACAUACGAGAUUGUGAUUGAGAUUCUUAAAGCAAACUCCGGUUUAAUUUGGUGCAAUGAAAAGCUUUCAAGAGAUUUACUCUUCCUUGUAAUCAAAUAUCAUGAAGGUCGUCUUUCAAGUUUUGUUACCAGGAUUGAUCCAGGGAAGAAAGCACUUCUCUCUUUUAGAGAUAAAGAUGGAAACAAUGCGUUGCAUCUAGCAGCCAAGUUACCUGACCGUCAUCAUGAACCUGUCGGUAUCCGUGCAGCUUGGAUCAUGACACACGAAGAAGGAUGGUUUGAGGAGAUUAGGAGUUACCUUCCAUUCUGGUAUCAUGAAGAAGAAAAUCGUUAUGGGGAGACUCCAGACCAAGUUUUCUACAGGGAACACCAGGAAUUGGUAACAAAUAUGGAGGAAUGGGGAAAGAAAACUGCAAAGUCUUAUAGUCUGGCAUCUGUUUUAAUUGUUACCGUUAUGGUUGCAGCACUCUAUACGGUUCCUGGCGGGUUCGAUGAAAAGACCGGUAAGCCCAGAUUAUUGCACACAAAACAGUUAUCCGUCUUCCUAAUAUGUGGUGCAGUGGCCUUAAUUACUGCAUCAACUUCAUUGGCCGGAUUCCUGAGUGUACUCACGUUACCUUACAAAAGAAGAGGUCGUCGCAGAGCCCUGCCCCUUCGAUUGUUGUUUGCCAUAUUGGCCCUCAUCAUUUCGACAGCAACGACGAUCCUGGCCUUCAUUUUUGCUCUUGCAAUAAUGUUAGAAAACAAGUGGCAGGUAUUACGAGCUAUCAUAAUAUACCUAGUUGCAGUUUUUGUCGUCAUGUUCUCUGACUGGCAACUUCCCACACUUCUAAAUCUUUUUUCCAUGAUGGCCUUACGGUUAAGAAGCUAUUAAGAGAUGGUGUCUGGACGGCAUUUGAACAGUGUUAAUUUGAUGGUGGUAAAUUAAUUCGUAUUUAUUUU